CUUCUCUAGGGAGUGUCAGGCGCACACAGGGUUAAGUUAGUUCCCUCCCUGGUAGGAGGGAGAGGAGGAGGAGGGGAAAAGCAGCAUACUGUCUCAGGCUGGGUACCUUGUAGUUAGUUGUACGUUCGAAACCUGUCGCCGUCACUUGGGCGUUUGGUGUUAUCCAUUGUCACCGCGGAGGAACGAGCGCUCGAGAUAACAUCAGUGCCCGCAAAUCUCCGCGCCAAGGCGCUGCGCUACUCCCUUCCGAGGUGCGCCUCUGGUCUUUCGUCCCGCGUGCCCAGCAGCGGCGAGGCGGCAUCUCCGCUCCCGCCGCCGUGUCCACCGAGCCCUGGGAUCAGGGUGGCAGUUCUCAACGAUGGGCAGGAGGGACCUCGGCGGCGACCCCUAAAACAAUACCAUGCCCCGGGAGCCCCGCCGCUGCCGCGCCAGCGUCUUCCCUUUCCACCUCCCUGACCCUGUCGGAUUCGGAUGAGCCCAUUGCGAGGAGAAGACGCAGCCGUCAGAUUGCAGAUUGAACUUAACCAAGAAGUUCAUAGGCUAAUCAAGGCUGGCUUGACCUACGAAAGAAGAAGAGAGUUCUGCCUGCCCACUUGGGCUUGUGUUGACACGGCUGAUAACUUGCCAUCACCUGUUGCCAGUGUGGAAAAAUUCUCCCUGUUGAAUUUUUUGCACAUGGAGGACAGCAGCAAAGAGGGCAACACAGGCUGAUAAGAACAGAGACAGCAGGGAGAUUAUUUUACCAUAUGCCCUCAGGACGUUCCCUCUAGCUGGAGUUCUGGACUUCAACAGAACGCCAUCCAGUCAUUUUGAUUUUGCUAUCUGUUUAUUUUUUUUUUCUUUUUCUUUUUCCCACCACAUUGUAUUUUAUUUCUGUACUUCAGAAAUGGGCCUACAGACCACAAAGUGGCCCAGCCAUGGGGCUUUUUUCCUGAAGUCUUGGCUUAUCAUUUCCCUGGGGCUCUACUCACAGGUGUCCAAACUCCUGGCUUGCCCUAGUGUGUGCCGCUGCGACAGGAACUUUGUCUACUGUAAUGAGCGAAGCUUGACCUCAGUGCCUCUUGGGAUCCCGGAGGGCGUAACCGUGCUCUACCUCCACAACAACCAAAUUAAUAAUGCUGGAUUUCCUGCAGAACUGCACAAUGUACAGUCGGUGCACACGGUCUACCUGUAUGGCAACCAACUGGACGAAUUCCCCAUGAACCUUCCCAAGAAUGUCAGAGUUCUCCAUUUGCAGGAAAACAAUAUUCAGACCAUUUCACGGGCUGCUCUUGCCCAGCUCUUGAAGCUUGAAGAGCUGCACCUGGAUGACAAUUCCAUAUCCACAGUGGGGGUGGAAGACGGGGCCUUCCGGGAGGCUAUUAGCCUCAAAUUGUUGUUUUUAUCUAAGAAUCACCUGAGCAGUGUGCCUGUUGGGCUUCCUGUGGACUUGCAAGAGCUAAGAGUGGAUGAAAAUCGAAUUGCUGUCAUAUCCGACAUGGCCUUCCAGAAUCUCACGAGCUUGGAGCGUCUUAUUGUGGAUGGGAACCUCCUGACCAACAAGGGUAUCGCCGAGGGCACCUUCAGCCAUCUCACCAAGCUCAAGGAAUUUUCAAUCGUACGUAAUUCGCUGUCCCACCCUCCUCCCGAUCUCCCAGGUACGCAUCUGAUCAGGCUCUAUUUGCAGGACAACCAGAUAAACCACAUUCCUUUGACAGCCUUCUCAAAUCUGCGUAAGCUGGAACGGCUGGAUAUAUCCAACAACCAACUGCGGAUGCUGACUCAAGGAGUUUUUGAUAAUCUCUCCAACCUGAAGCAGCUGACAGCUCGGAAUAACCCUUGGUUUUGUGACUGCAGUAUUAAGUGGGUCACGGAAUGGCUCAAAUAUAUCCCUUCAUCUCUCAACGUGCGGGGUUUCAUGUGCCAAGGUCCUGAACAAGUCCGGGGGAUGGCGGUCAGGGAAUUAAAUAUGAAUCUUUUGUCCUGUCCCACCACGACCCCCGGCCUGCCUCUCUUCACCCCAGCCCCAAGUACAGCUUCUCCGACCACUCAGCCUCCCACCCUCUCUAUUCCAAACCCUAGCAGAAGCUACACGCCUCCGACUCCUGCCACAUCGAAACUUCCCGCGAUUCCUGACUGGGAUGGCAGAGAAAGAGUGACCCCACCUAUUUCUGAACGGAUCCAGCUCUCUAUCCAUUUUGUGAAUGAUACUUCCAUUCAAGUCAGCUGGCUGUCUCUCUUCACCGUGAUGGCAUACAAACUCACAUGGGUGAAAAUGGGCCACAGUUUAGUAGGGGGCAUUGUUCAGGAGCGCAUAGUCAGCGGUGAGAAGCAACACCUGAGCCUGGUUAACCUAGAGCCCCGAUCCACCUAUCGGAUUUGUUUAGUGCCACUGGAUGCUUUUAACUACCGCGCUGUAGAAGACACCAUUUGUUCAGAGGCCACCACCCAUGCCUCCUAUCUGAACAACGGCAGCAACACAGCGUCCAGCCAUGAGCAGACGACGUCCCACAGCAUGGGCUCCCCCUUUCUGCUGGCGGGCUUGAUCGGGGGAGCGGUGAUAUUUGUGCUGGUGGUCUUGCUCAGCGUCUUUUGCUGGCACAUGCACAAAAAGGGGCGCUACACCUCCCAGAAGUGGAAAUACAACCGUGGCCGGCGGAAAGAUGAUUAUUGCGAGGCAGGCACCAAGAAGGACAACUCCAUCCUGGAGAUGACAGAAACCAGUUUUCAGAUCGUCUCCUUAAAUAACGAUCAACUCCUUAAAGGAGAUUUCAGACUGCAGCCCAUUUACACCCCAAAUGGGGGCAUUAAUUACACAGACUGCCAUAUCCCCAACAACAUGCGAUACUGCAACAGCAGCGUGCCAGACCUGGAGCACUGCCAUACGUGACAGCCAGAGGCCCAGCGUUAUCAAGGCGGACAAUUAGACUCUUGAGAACACACUCGUGUGUGCACAUAAAGACACGCAGAUUACAUUUGAUAAAUGUUACACAGAUGCAUUUGUGCAUUUGAAUACUCUGUAAUUUAUACGGUGUACUAUAUAAUGGGAUUUAAAAAAAGUGCUAUCUUUUCUAUUUCAAGUUAAUUACAAACAGUUUUGUAACUCUUUGCUUUUUAAAUCUUAAAAAAAAUAGUUGCUGAAGUACUGUACAGGGUUGUACAAUGAGAACCCAAUGCCAAGGCAAAAAGAACGAGUGAUUCUUCCUUAGGAUACACAUCAACCACUUUGCUGUUGAAGCUGUCAGAAUAAAUUCCUGGUGGUCAGAUGAAAGGGCAGAUUAAAUGGACUCAUCAGGGUAAGAGGAAUAAUAUGGGUAAAACAAGAAAUGGCCCAGAUAGUUUCACACUAUUCCUAUACCUCCAGGUCCGGAAGACAGGUAAAAAAUUAUAUAAUGUAAGAAUGGAGGUAGUUACCCUAAUUUGACCCUGUGUGGGAAAUGCUGAAAGCACCAAGAGGAAGCCAGUUCCCAUGAGAUAAGUUAACCCGGCCUGACAGAAUCAAGAAAAUUGAGAUUUGAAAGGACCUGAAAAUGCAGGGGUUGGCUUUCUGACUGGGAACUUAAAAAUCACUCUUCAUGCUUCCCUGGUCCUAUGUGAUAACAGAGUUAGAGACUUGAGUCUGAUUUCAGUCAUCUUCAGGGACCGGUCUGAUGUUGUAGCAAGAAGACUCCCUUUAAAAGUGUUACUGUUCAAAUCAUAUGUCAGGUUGAAUCACAUUCAACAGAGAUAUAUUCUAGAAUACUUUUUUAGAAGAGGCUAAUAAAAUAAAGGGAAGAAUUAUAUUGAAUGGAAUUAUUUUUGAUAAUGAGAAUUAUUUGGGUAGAUUCACGGAGGCUAUGUCAACAUGAUAUUUAGACCAACAGGUGAUCAAAGUUUGGAAAAUACAACGACUUAUUUAAAAACUACCCUUUCUGCUAUUUAGACAAAAACAACUGAUCAGUGGUUCUGUUAUGUCAGCUGGCUUUGUUAGUAUCAUGUUGAAAUAGCUUGAAGUAAUAUCUUUUAUCCCCUUGCAAAUUCUUGUCUUCCAAUCAUCUCCCAUAUAUUUUCAUAAUUAGUUGUUUAUGAUACCUUUGUUUUUCUCCCUCUGCUCAGUAUUUCAAGGAAAAAUUAUGGAUGCCAGUCUUGGCUGCACAAAAUAUCCAUUAUGUACUUAUACAUUUUAAAAUGCAUACUAAUUUUCACUGCUGAUAAUUCUGUAAGGACACAUCAAAGCUGGCCAAAAUAACGAAUUUUUUUAAAAAGCAAUAUCUGGUUUCCACCUUGGACUGACUUUGAUCCUGUUCCACUUUUGAAAUCUUAUUUGUUCCUUUUCCAUCGUGGAUGUUCCUCUACUUUGACAGUUGUGGAGGGCUAAUCAAUCUUAUGUUAGCAGGACAACCCAUGAAAAACAAGUCAGAGAGUGAAGGCUUGUUCCCCUAAUCCUGGCAGAGCAGGGCAUAGAAAAGAGAGGAUGUCCAUGCUUAAUUCUAGAUACUUUUGAGGCAACAUCUUCAGAAAACACGUAAUUUAAUCUUUGCCAUCCUUAGAUAGAGAAGGGCUAUGGAUCACAUACAUUAACAAAAACUACUCCCUUGGAGAAAAUAUCUUUUGAAAAUCAAAUUAAAACAUUUCACUCUGUGCUGCAUAUUUCUUUUACCACUGGCCAUUAUUAUAGGGACCCAUGAAGUAAAUGUCACAAUCAUCUUACUAGCUCUCUCUCUCUCAGCAAAAGAAAACUGUGAUGUGUCUUCUUUGUAAAAGUUUAAAAUGCUAUGCAACUUUUUCUUUAUAGUAAGAGCUUUAUUUUCUUUAAUAAUAUAGUCGAACUUAUAUGUUUUAAUCUCCCUUGUCCCUCAGAAUAAGCAGAAAAUAUAACUGCAGCUGUAUGUCGUAGACACGAGAAUUGAAACUGUGCAGUCAGUAGAGCUGAACUUAGCUAUGAAUUAAUUUAAAUUAAUUCUAAAGUGACUCUGGUUUCCAUUUUAGUCUAUUAGCUAGAGGGUUUUGGCUAUUGCUUUUUUUAAAGUUAGGUCCACACAGUGAAGGGAAAAGAGUCUGUGAAGGUGAUGAGUGUAGCAGGAAGACAUCUAAAAUCAAGACAAUGACAUGGGGGCUUUGUGUACUUAGCUGGAUAAUUCCCUUCCACUGUCCUCUUCCCCUUGGCCGUGUAGAUAAAAUUGUGCAUUCAAAUGAUGGUACUUUGACUUUUGAGGGUUUUUAUUUCUGUUAUUCACAAAAUAAUCAUUCUCAUUUAUGUAUAUUGUAUGUUUAACCCCCAGUGGGAUUUCUGGCUGCUGAAACCGCUUUGGGCCAGGAAGAACAAGGAUGAAGAGGUUCCUGUCAUUUCUUAUGGGGUUCACAGAAUUAUUUGGGGCUUAAAUGGUACAAUGGAGACAGUCAUGUGCAAUGCUUAAGAUGGUCUGACAGGGUCCCUUUUGCUGGAGGUGUUCCUGAAGAGAUUGAACCUAGUAACAGGCUUUAUUUUCAUCCGUGUACAACAUGGCAAAGACUGCUAAGGUUAAAAUACGUCUCGCAUUUGUUACAGCCUCACCUGCACCAGGAUAGAAAGCACAUGAUGGAAUCUGUGAUGUCUAAUGUGUCUUAUGAAAAUUGCCAAACAACUGUCCCUGGGGAUUCUGCUUUGACUGGCAUUUUUAGUCAUGGGAAUGUAUUUUUGCUGAUAUACCUGCUCUAUGUUUGGGCCUCUCUUGCUGUCAUUAUGAUGUAUUUUGAGAUGAUUAGUCAAGAGUCAAGGUUGAGAGUACAGGCCAAGACCAUGGAAAAAAAGCCAUGCUCACUGGCCAGUAAAGAGCUUGAUGCUGCCUGGCCAAAUGAGGUGAUUCAGAUAGAAUCUGAUCCCAUUCAAAGCUUGGUAACUGUCACUGUACAGAAGACAUUGAAAAGGAAGAGGCAUAGUCAUGAUCAAAAGGAUAUAUUGACCGUUAUCUAUAGCCAGGGUAGUUGUUAAUACCUGCUUGUUUGGGGAGAUAUGUUUGAUUAUAGAGAGACUCUGGGCUACUGUCAAACACCGUCAGAUGCAUUAGCAGCCUACUGCAUGGGACAAUCGCAGGCAGAUACGAGGAAUGUAUCCCCUGCCUAUUUUCCUUUAACAAAUGGAAAGCAUUCUCCCCUGUGAGAAAUAAUGCAAUUUCUAAUUAUCUGGAUGUUCAUUGAAAAUAUAUUAGACAUUCUCCCUGAGGUUAAAAACAGUAUAAUGUGACCAGUCUGGUAAAAAGUAUUAAUGAAGUAGCUAAUAUUACAGCUUCAUUUUCUACUAGCACCUAUCAUAAUGGUCUUAGUCAUUUCACACAAAUCAGAACUUCCUUCCCCACUGGGGAGGACAACAUCUUCAUGCUGUGAUCGAAGCAUCCAUUCAGAACACGAGGCAAUAUUGUAGUCCAUAGGGAAUGGAUGCUUCACUUGAUCACCGGACCUCGGCUGCAGAGGCCAUCGCAGCUUUUGAAAAGUGAAGUGGUUAAUUUCCAUUGGCAUCUUUGCUUAUAGCAUUUUUCUCUAACCUGUAACAAGGAGACAUUACAUUUUACUUUAGAACAUGAGAAUAGCAGUUUUGCUCACGACUUACCAUUCCAGCUGCAUGGGAAAGCAAAGCAGAAAACAGUGCCCCAAACGGAAAAAAAAUACUCACACAGAACAAAACAGUUCUUGGUCUUGUUCUUGGUCUUGUCAAACCUUGCCUGAUGCUCUUUCUAAAGUCAAAAUACGAAUGCUAAGAAGGCAUAACCUACAUCCUUCUCUGAUUUCUUCAGCAGGGUCAAAAGACAAGUUACUAGCAAUGGGGAAUGCUUGUCACUGGAGAAAGAGUUUUGUAUAUGUCUGAUACCGUUGUUAUAACAAAACAAAUUUUUUUAUUAUAGUUUUUUGUUUUCUACCUGCACACCCACCAGAAGAGCACAAAGCAAGGCCAUUGCAACAGGCAUUUUAAAAUUAAUAUCAAACAUGCACAUGCUUGUACACACACACACACACACACACACACACACACACACGGGGGCAUUUGUAAAGGUGUCCCUGGAAUGUAAGAUUUAUAACCGUUUAAGGCAAGGUGAAGGCAUUGCCAAGUGUGUGUCCCUCAUAGGACUAGUAUAUAUUCACUGAAAGUUAACCUGAUGAUUUGUUAUUGUUUGAACCAUAUGCUGCUUUGCUUCUGGUUUCUGUUUAGUGUGUUCUUUCUGAUAAGGGGCUGGAAGAUUCUGCAUCACACAUCCUCUGAGACCUACCAUGUCACACACUUUGUUAAUGACAAACUUCACUCUACACUAUACAGUACCUUGUUGAUAUAUUCAGUAAAGUCUUAUUUUAAAAGAAAACCACAUUGUGUUUAUCUGAGUAAGUUCAUUGGGAUACAGUCAAUACUUGUGCCGUUAAUGUAGAAAAAAUGACACGGGAGGGCACGAAUAAAAGAGGUAAUAGGAUUUUCGUAUUCUCCUAUCAUGAACAUGACUUGCAUUUCUAAAGGCCAUUUGAUCCUUUUUGUGUGAGGAGUUUAUAUGAAAUCCUCAUGUUCUUUUAAAUUUCCCAACUAAAUUGUGUGUUCCUAUGAAUACCUUUUAGGUAUGCACACAUACACAGAGCAUCUUAUUUUAUACUGGUGAAAUCUAUGUUGUUUAGGAUAUAGAUAAUGUCAUUGUAUUUAUCCUAUCAGAAUACUCUUUUCCCCUAUUUCAAAAUAGAUGCUAUUGGCUUUAUUUUUUAUUUUUUACAUUUUUUUAAACAUGGUCUCACCAUGUUGCCCAGACUGGUCUCAAACGCCUGGAUGCAAGCAGUCAUCCCGCCUCGAUCGCCCAAAGUGCUGGGAUUACAGGCAUAGGACACCAUGCCCAGCCACACUAUUGGUUUUUAGAUGUCAGAUUUCUUUGAGAAUUCUCAUAGUACUUUUCUGCUUCAGAAUUUAUAGCACAUCCGUCCGUCCUUUCAAUAGGCACUCAAGGAAAUGUAUCUAUUCAUUUGCUCAACUUCAAUUCUGAUUAGUCUCAUGAUUUUUCAGAACCCCUUUUGCUAACUCCUCUUGGCCAUUUCAUUAAUAAUGUAUUUGACAGAGAUUGAAUCAGGAAACAAAUUUAUGACAUUUCAGUUAACUAGUA